AUGGCCGAAAUCGCCGAUUCUGAUCUUCCAGAUCCUUUAUCAUCAACCCCUCCAGGCUUUGUUGCGACUCCUACAUUGUCCCCUCAAAGCACAGAAGAAGAAGAUGAUGGUGAUAACUCUAUUAUGACCGAGUCUUCUCCCAGUAUCCAACCACGUUCUCGACAUAUUUACAAUCAAACCCCCCCGCGUCGCAGCAGCUCAGCUCCUCGUACUAUAUCCUCUUCCAUAUCAUCUAGCGAUUCCGAGGAAUUUUUAGAAUUCAUCAACGACAUUGUUUACCCUGACGAAUUCUCGGUAGGCAGCGACGAUAUUCUCUUGGAUAAUCCAUAUGCUCCUAUGGACAUUGAUGACAAUUUCUUCGAUGCGUAUGACUCAGAAGAAAGCCUAUUUGUGGACAACCGCCCCGAUAUAGACGGUCAUAUUGAUAGAUUUAAUCAACUAUCUCCAGAUCUUUGGCCGAGCAGCCCAGAAGGGAAUAACGCCGCGGAAAACUAUAGACCGCCCACGAUGGAUGGGUUUAGAGAUCGGGAGAACCUGAGAGAUGAGCUGGUAGGGUUUGAGGUAGAGCGGGCUGGGAACCCCGCGGCUCGGAGACAAAGACAGCAGCAGCCUCAAAGAGAACCUGAGGUGAUUGAUUUGACAGGUGAUAGUCCUGUUCAACAUGCACCUCGAAAUCGUUAUCAGACUCUCCGCGGACGACGUUCACUACAGCGAGGCACUCCUCCCCGACUAGAACGCAGUGAUGCUAGCUACAUGAAUCCUCAGACCGUCAUCAACCUCGUCUCGGAUUCCGACGACGAGCCCGCAAUAAUGCCACAGCCUAGACGAAAUAAUCCGCCCCCUCGCAAUCCUCGAGAUGAACUUGUCCGAAAUCACAAUCGACUGCGGCAACAGUUGCAGCCAGAUAUCCUACCUGGCCGCCACGCUCUUAAUCAGAUUCAACAUCUCAUGAACCAUAUUCCUCUAUUUCGUCUCCUCAAUAAUCAAAACCCUAUGGCAAACAACCACGACGAUGAUCUAGUCGUGCUAGGUCAUCGUAACGUAAUGCAAGAGGGUAUACCACAACCCAACCUUCCUCCGGUGGACCUCGACUAUGACGCUCGUCCUUUUCCGAUACCACAGCCCGCACCAGUAGGCGCUAACCCGAAGCCUGCACAUGAGCCUCCAAAAGAUACAAGACCAGGAUUUACGAGAGACACGGGCGAGGAUGUCGUAGCUAUCUGUCCCAGUUGCGACCAGGAGCUAGCAUAUGAUCCGGACGAUGAUAUGAGCAAUGCAGCUACACCUUCCAGAAAAGCUCGUACGAAGAAAGACAAGGCCGAGCAUCAUUUUUGGGCCGUUAAGGCCUGCGGACAUGUCUACUGCAGGAAGUGCUACGAAUACCGCAAAUCCACGGGCAAGAAUCGCAUCCCUGUAGGUUUCCGACCUGACCCUAGCGGCGCCAAGAACAAGGUGAUCUGCGCCGUUGAAGACUGUAGCUCGGAUGUGAGCGCGAAGGCCGCGUGGGCUAAGGAGUACUUGACUGCCACGCAGGAAGAAUACUUCCUAGAUUUAUAUUGGCAGUCGCAUCAUACUUCUCUCCUAGUCCUCGAUGAAGAUGAUUUCAGACGUCAUUAUAAAUCAUUAUGGGUCGGAUCGAGAAAGAAACGCAAACCAUCAGCCCUCGUCGAUAUCGUUAUAGCCUUGUGCAUGCAGUAUGGCAUGGCAAGGGGUCGGGGUAAUAAUAAUUCGGUAUUGGGGAAUGCCAACGUCGAUACUGAUGAUGCGACGCUCGCCGGUCGCUGGCAUUAUUGUCGCUGUCAAAACCUUCUGGCCUGCGAAUUGGAGAGUCCUACAAUAUCAACUCUGCAGUGCAACAUAUUAUCCGUAGUCUGGUUAUGUUGUGCUUCAUUUCAAAAUAUGGCGGAUAGCACCUUGGCCGUCACAGCAAGGACAGCUCAGAUGCUCGGCCUCCAUCUACCGCCACCGCAAAGUAUGCCCCAACGCGAGAGGGAGAUGCGAAAGCGCCUAUGGUGGUCCAUUUACGUCGCCGAGACUAAAACUAGUAUGAAGUUGGGUCGACCAUUUAUGCUCCACCUGUCGCAUGCGAGUUGCGGUCUACCAGCCGAUGACCACGAAGCCGCCACACAAUCAGGGUCAGGCUUUGCGCCUUUAGACGAUGAUGUUACCUGGCUUAGCUGGAAUUUACACAAUACUAAGCUUGUCCUUGCUGCCCGCGACGUAUACACCGCUUUUUACGACAAGUAUCCAGAUAUUGUCGAGAACGAUGGUAGCCAAGCGAUUUAUGACGCACCGCCGGCCAUGGAGACGUAUGCUGAAUUCCUUAUCAUGCGUAUGAGGGCUUUGGAGCAGUGGGUUAAGGAUGUGCCUGACGCAUUAAAAACCCAACGUAAAAACCAUGGAAUCCCCUUUUCAACGGACCUCUCGCCGGUAGAGAUUGAACAGUUCGCCCCGCUCUGGGUGCAACGCCAACGUCUACUAUUAGAACUAUUAUAUCACAAUCUCUGUACAAAUCUAUAUCGACCAUUUAUAUCCUUCAAGCGGUCUCCAUACUCAUUAGUAUCAUCUCAGUCUUCGUCGCUUGCAGAAUCUUGUGCCCACAGAUGCGCUAGCCACGCUAUGGCGCUCACGCAUAUUAUGCGACAAAUAUUAUCAACAACAGAUAUACUUACCGGCUGGCAAGAAGCCUUUCAAUGGGAAUGGAAUGUCGCCAUGACUCUGGUCGGCUUCGUACUAUCCCAUCCUCACGACGAACUAACACCGGCGGCGCGAGAAGCCAUAAGUGUUUCGGUUGAUGCUCUGGGCAUUUUUGGAAAUAGCUUUUCCGUAGCCGCGAGUGCGGCCGAACUGGUGCGUGAGCUUAGUGUGACGGCUGACCAUAUGAUUAUGCCUCAGCCUAUCAAUGAAGGAGAUAGACUUAUAACUCAGGGGGGUCAGCCCAUUACCAUGAUGCCCCAAAACGAGCAGGAAGGUACAGUCAUGGGUCAAACAGAUGUUGGAUUCCCUAUGUUUGAUGAGGACACUAUCGCGGUGAUGCAAGGCAUCUUAGCAGAUUCAAUGGACCUGGCCUUUGCAGUCGAUGGGUACAAUACUACGAAUGUUUUAUGGCCGAAUAUAGAUCCUACAGAAUAA